GAAAACCAGUAGAGUUGUCGUGACAUCGAAAGGAGUCGUUUCAAGUCAGAUUGUUUUUUUUUUGUGUUAAUUGAAAAAGAGAAGAUUGGAACUUUGUCAAAAUGUCGUUGAAAAAAGAAAAGAUUGGAAUUUUUGGCAGUGGUUUGAUUGGAGGAAGUUGGGCAAUGAUAUUUGCAAGUGUUGGCUAUCAAGUUCAAAUUUACGACAUUAUUCCAGAGCAAAUUGAAAAAGCACUCAAGCAUAUUGCGGCUGAACUAAAGCGUUUGGAAAAGGAAAAUUUAUUGCGUGGCACUUUGACAGCAGAUCAACAAAUAAAAUGUAUAAGUGGCACAACUGAUAUAAAUGAAUUAGUUAAAAAUGCCGUUUACAUCCAAGAAUGUGUUCCCGAAAAUAUUGAGCUCAAACGAAAAAUUUACGCUCAAUUGGAUGCCAUUCUUGAGGAUCAAACAAUACUUGCCAGUUCGACGAGCACAUUUUUGCCAUCGGUAUUGAGUGAGAAUUUGAAACACAAGAGCCAAGUGGUAGUCGCUCAUCCGGUCAAUCCACCCUAUUAUGUGCCGUUGAUUGAAGUUGUGCCAGCUCCUUGGACAAAACCGGAGAUUGCACAGAAAACUAAAGAAUUGAUGUUGGACGUUGGCCAAAAACCAGUUCUAUUCACCCGUGAAAUCGAAGGCUUUGCUGUGAAUCGAGUACAAUAUGCUAUUUUAAACGAAGUUUGGCGUUUGGUUGCCAGUGGUGUUCUGAGCGUUCGUGACAUUGACAGUGUUAUGUCAGAUGGAUUGGGUAUGCGAUAUGCCUUCUUGGGACCACUUGAAACCACUCAUCUGAAUGCUGAAGGAUUUACAGAUUAUUGCGAACGAUACAGCAAAACAAUUUUUGCCGUGAGUCAGACAUUUGGGGAGACACCAAAAAUGGAAGGACCAACUGUUACUGAAAUUGCAAAACAAUUAGAGGAAAUGUGCUCAUUGGAUAAACUUGCUGAGAGACGUGAAUGGCGUGACAAUUGCCUAACACAACUCAGUCAACUCAAAAAGAAGCUUUGAAAUGUUGCAGGCU